AUGACUGACGGGGAAAAUAUACUUGCCCAUAUAAUUCAUGCUGUGACUAAUUCAAGUCCAGAUUCUGGUUCAUCUAGCGAAGAAAAUGACGAGAGUGAUGAUGACAUCUUUUACAACAAUCUACUAGAAAACAACUUCCCAGAAAAUGUAAUUGGUGAUGAUUCUAAUGAAUCUCAAUGCUUCACUAAAAGAAGAAACACAAAUUUAGCUGGAAUUCAAAGUUCAUCAUAUCUAAACUCAAAAAAAAAAGAUUUGACUAUGUUAGAUUCUUUUAAUAUUGUUAAAAAUGUAUUUUUAAAAUAUAAUACAACGUUGCCAUCAUCUGCUCCAGUAGAAAGACUAUUCAGUGGAGCUAUACAAGUCCUAACACCACGUCGAAAUCGUCUCAAAGAUACUACUUUUGAAAAGCUGCUCUGCUUUCAAAAUACUGGUGGAGAACAAAAUACGGAACAAUUAAAAAAAUUAGUUAGAGUUCCCUUAAAGAAGUAUGCUAAAUUACUUGGCAAACAUGGUGAUUUGGAAACGCAUAGUAACAAUGAUUAUCACAAAAAUGCUACCUUACGUUCUGAAGAUUUUGUACGGACAAAUCACUGUCCCGACAAACGAGUAGAUAAUUUAUUAGGUACCGAACGUUAUAGACAAGUAACUGAAAACCGAAAUCGGUUAAAGCCAAUUGUUGAAUCUAUAAUAUUUUUGGGCCGCCAAAAUAUUGCGUUUAGAGGACACCGUGACCAAGGAAAUUUAACUGAUAAACAUAAUUUAAAUGAAAUUAAAAUAUCAUCUUCUGUAGUUAACGAAGGCAACUUUCGUGAACUUUUGAGAUUCCGUAUUGGAUCUGGAGAUGAUUGCUUAAAAAAUCACUUGCUUACAACCCAAUCAAAAGCAACAUAUAUCUCACAUACCACACAAGAUCAAUUGAUUAAAUUUUUUGAACGAUUUGUCGGAUUUUUGAAUUGUCAUGAUAAAUCUUAUGAUAAUGCAAAUGUUGACGAAGAACUUCAAGUAAACGAACCCAAAUCGACUGGAGAAAAAUUAGGAGAUAUUGUAAUAUCUAUUUUAAAAAGCAUGUCACUGGAUCUUGAAAAUUGUGUUGGUAUUGGAACAGACGGAUGUUCGGUCAUGAUCUCUCAACUUCGUGGUGCUGUUCAACAGGUCCAAAAACAUUGUAUAAAUGCUGUACACAAAAUUAUAGAAAGUUUAACUGACAUAUCUGAAUGGACUGACCAUAUUUCUUCGUCAAAAGCUAAAACACUUUUAAUGGCUGUAACUUGUUGUGAUUUUAUUAUUACCUUAUUUGCAUUGACAGACGUUUUAAGUGUUACACUACCAGCCAGUAGACUUUUGCAAAGUUACAAUAGAAACAUUACAGAAGCAUCUGAUAUAAUGGAUGGCAUUAUACUUAACCUCUCUGAAAAACGAUCUAAUUGUGAAUCAGACUUUUCACAAUUAUUUGAACAAAGUAAGAAUCUAAUGAAUAAAUUGGACAUUGAUUUAAAAUUACCAAGAAUUACCAAACGCCAAACACAAAGAUCUAAUACUCCUGCUCAAUCACUAGAAGAAUAUUAUAGUCGAGUAAUAUAUAUUCCAUUACUUGAAAACAUUUCAGAAGACUUGCAGUCACGUUUUCUUAAUGCAAAAACUAAAAUAACAUUUAUAUUGAUGCUGCUUAUACCAUCCAAUGUUUUAAACAUAUCAAAUGACAAAAAACACGAAAUUCUUCAGACUGUAACAAAUCACUAUGCAUACUUGAAUAUUAAUAUUUUAGAAUUUCAAGGAGAAAUAGAACUAUGGAAAACCAAAUGGAUUGAAAGUAAAAAUGAAUGUAAAACAAUUCCUGAAAACGUUUUAGAAUCAAUUACGCAACGUAAUAAAAUACUAUUUAACGGGAUCAGAAAAAUACUGAUAAUAUUAGCUACUUUGCCAGUAAGUGUUGCUUCCGCAGAGAGGAGUUUUUCGACGUUACGCAGGUUAAAAACUUGGUUAAGAAGUCAAAUUGGACAGGAUAGAUUGACUGGUUUGGCAUUGUUGCAUGUACAUCUCGAUAUAGAACUAGGUGCAUGGAAAAUAAUAGAUCGGUUUGCAGAACACAAACGCUAUAAAGAAUUUGUUUUAUAG